CGCUGUGCGAGCGCGAGAGAGAAGGAGAGCGCGAGAAAUUCUUCGGCCAUGGGGGGCGAGACGAUGUUGCGGACCCUGCUCUACACCGUCAACUCCCUGCUGCAGCAGCGCAGAUACCAGGCGGCCUUGGCCGUCGUCAAGGGCUUCCGUAACGGAGCAGUGUAUGGAGCAAAAAUACGUGCCCCCCAUGCUUUAGUGAUGACAUUUCUCUUCAGGAGUGGAAGUUUAAGGGAGAAAUUGAAAGCAAUUGUUCGUGCCACUUACACUCAUUCCAGAAACCUGGCAUACUUUGUAUUCACAUACAAGGGCCUGUUGGCCCUACAGUCGCGAAUGCAGGGAAAGAAGAUCCCAUUUCACUCUUUCCUCGCAGCCUGCAUUGGAGGCUGGUUGGUGUUUGGAGAAAAUAACAAUAUUAACAGCCAGAUAAACAUGUACCUAUUGUCUCGUAUCCUGUUUGGCUUGUCCCGACUGGCAGUGGAGAAAGGUUACAUCCCAGAGCCAAAACAAGAUCCCUUUCCACUCUUUGCUGCUCUGGUUUGGGGGAUUGUUCUCUGGCUCUUUGAGUACCACCGACACACUCUACAGCCAUCAUUGCAAUCAUCCAUGACCUACCUGUAUGAUGACAGUAAUGUCUGGCAUGAUGUUUCUGACUUUCUUGUAUAUAACAAAAGACCUGCUACCAAUCAGUCUUGAAAGAUCUUUUAGUAAUGGCACAUUCCAACAGCAGGGCUUUUAUGCUUUUAUUUGAACACACUUCACUGAAAAUCGUUAACAUUGGAUGUUGAUCUCUACAUGGGUCUGGCCACGUUGUUCUGUGUAGGCUUCUGGUUUCUCUGGUUAGAGCUUGAAAAGGCCAUAUUUCAAGCAAACCAUUUUGUAAUCUUUUGUAAGGUGGUCCUCUUGUCUGUAAGAGGCUGUUUCCUUUUCAGCUGUGGGUGGAAAAAAUGCACUAUAAAUGCACUGAUCUUAAAACUUGAGAAAAUAGGGUGAAAAUAUUUUCUUUAAUACUGAAAUACCAGGUGCCAUAGGUAACUUUCUGCCUACAUAUAUGCAAUACAACCUUCGCUGCUUCCUCAAUUAGCCAUAGAAGAAAUAGGUUCAUUCUCAUCAUAGUAAAUACUACAUAAACCUCAAGUUAGGAUCUUCGUGUGCAGAUAUGGUACUGGGAAACUUUACUUCCUAUAUGCAUGUUUGCUAAUUCAUCUUUCUUACAUUAACCACCUAUAACAACAUAAAACCAGUAAAAGUGCAUUUAAAAAAAGAUGACUAAAAAGGGGGGGAGAGUUAAGCAACUAAGAGAGGCUUUACUGCAAGCACGGUACGUAAUCUGCAGUGCAAAGGGCCUGUUUUAAAAUUUCAUCAUCAACAACUUAGAUAAAUGCCAAGAUUUAUUCAAAGAGUUGAGGUUCAUUCCUCUAGACUUACAGCCUAGAGAAAGCUAUGAAACAAAAGAAAAAAUGGAGUAGAUGGAUUGGUGAAAGGGUAGAUACAGUGGCAAAUGAGUGAUUUGCUUCUAUUUUGACGUCUUCACUGUUAGGCGUAUAAAUGCCUGAAUAGUUUUCUUUGGCCCUAGCCUCUUCUAGUUGGAACAGAGGAUGCAACUAUACAUUCUUACAACUGUUGUUGCAGUUGGCAAAAUAUGAUAGCGCUAUGUAAAUAGGCCUUUGAAAAAAUGUAUCUGAUCAAGCAUCUGCUGUCAUAGAAGCAAAGAUGCCAAUUGUUGAGGGUGUUGCUUUUAUGACACUGCCUUAUCAGAGAAUGUUAAAUAUAAGGUAAGCCACUGAUUAUAGCACAAUUAUAGGAAAGUGACAUAAAGUCUUGCAGCCUAAUCCUCUGGGCUUGCAAUGGCAGCUCUUUUUGUGCUAGUUUUGCACAGGAUGGGGGGGAAAAGCACUUGAGUUACGAAUUAAAUAUACAUAGGCAAUGGGAAAAUUCUGGGUAAAGAACAUGGUUUUGUUUUUUCACUUCUUGGGGUAUUGUCAUUGAUUUUUUAUUUUAUCAUUGUUUGGUAACUUGUGAUGGUUUAUUAUUUAGUCCUGUCAGUUGGAGAAGUUUUUUUUAAAGAAAAACUUAUAGGGCCACAAGACUGGUGUAUGCUUCUUGUUCUUUUGUCACAUCUUUCAGUGGUUUGCUUGUUUGGUACCAAUGUAUCAGCUGUGUCUGUGAGCAUCUGUCUUGAUCUGGCACGUGAGCUGCCACCUUCUUUCUCCUGAAUCUUUACUACCAUAUGUGAAAUAUCCUGCAACCCCCCCCCCCAAAUUCCCUGUCCCAUCAAAUCAGAUAUAUGAAAGAACAAACCCACCAAACACCUUCAGAACAUUGAUAUUUUAAGCAGUAACUAUGUUUUGAGCUUUUCUGGUCUCUCCCCAACAUUUGGUUGCUUCCAUGCAAAGGCACUAUCUUCUACCCCCCACCCCAAACAACAGACAGUACAGUAGCUGUUGCUUACUACAGUGUCAGCAUAAUCGUAACAGUGCCUGCAAUAUAUUUCCUUAAUUUACAUAUAACUUCUGCUGCCCUCCUGUCCCCAGAACGCUAAUUCUAAGCUCUUCUAGCAAACUGUCUGAGUCUCUUAUCUGUCUGCAGUUCAGAGCACAAAACUGCCAUAAAACACAUCAAACUCUGGUCCCACCACAGCAGCACUCUUUACAUAUCUGUCCGUGGCAAUUAACUGUGCUUUUUAAAGACUGCUGUCCUGCUGUGUAAGGAUAGAAUGCUAUGCUACAAAGUCAGUCAAUUUCCCAGGGAGGUAGCUGGAAUAAUUUUAAACAGCAUUUAACAUCCACCACUGUUCCUAUAGCUCGAUUGGUGAGGUCGAAUCCCUUCUGCCACUAAUGUGAUUGAACAAUGCCAGUGUGUGCUGGGGAAGUGAACUAGAAGUAAUGGGUCUGUCUGAAGACUCUUGGAUACAUAGGUUCCAUUCCUCACCCUUCCAGAUCGUAUUGUUCGGCAAGCUAAGUGUUCUGUUUGGUUUUCAUGCUAAUAAGAAAGAAACACAAACAGGAAUAAGGAGACGGUUUGAAAAUCCACCUCCCAAGCAGCCCGUCACAUCAAAAUUAAGCAAGUCCCAACCAUCCCCACUCUGAAGAUCAAAACAGACAUGCAUAUGUGUUUACAACAGCUCAAUUGUGGCUUCUCAUUGAAGGCUCAGCUCUUUUGUGUUUUGUUCAAGAGGAGAUCUUGGUUCCCAAUGCUGGGGAAAUGUCUAUCCCGAUCUGAUUUGCCAUAACUGUUGUGCUUGAAUAACACUGCUUCCACAGCCUAAUGAAAUAGUGCAAGGAACAUCUACAAAUGCCAUGCAGACUACUUAAUUAUUUCAAGUAGUGGGGGAAAAUUGAAAUAAGUAAAUAGCUGCACCAUUCUAAAAGUUUAGGAAAUAUAAUGUUGAGCUCAAGUUACA